AUGUCAAACGAGAUCUUCAGCAAGCUGUGCAGAGGCACAAACUUCAGGGGAGGUCCGUCCUCCAAACUCGUGCUCUACAAAUCGCAAAAGACGGGGGACUCGCAGCCAGAGGCGGAGCCAGACGUCACCUUUGAUGAUCGGUCGAGGGUUUCCACCCUGGACGGCGAGUUAUUUACCGACUACGAGGAGAUUGAGCGUUUUGAGGACAUUUGCCAGGAUUCCGUGGACAAAGACGCUCUAAAGGAGAUUUUAGAGGCUCUAAGGUCUAGACUAAAGAUCAAGCUCUGCACUCCUAUCCAGAAACACGUUCUUCCUAUUGCCCUAAAGGGCGAAGACGUCGUUGCUGUGGCUCCCACUGGCUCCGGGAAGACGUUGUCUUACCUCAUUCCCAUCCUUCUCAACGUCAAGGUUCGUCCCUGCUCCCCUCUCACCCAUUCCUUACAGAAUGAUAACUCGAUAAAGGCUCUGGUUAUAACACCGACUGUGGAACUCGUACAGCAGGUUAAACGGGAAUGCAUAUUUUUGACAGGAGAGGAUGGAAUUAAGGUCUCUGCACUCGAAAAGAGCCAAGAAUCAUUUGAUGCUCCUCUGGCAAUCUCGACACCAAAGACGCUGCUAACGCUCCUGGAAAAGUUUGAGGACAUGCUAAAGGAAUGCAAGUAUCUCGUCCUUGACGAGGUGGACAAGUUGCUAGAGGAUGGCUACGUUGACCAUAUUGAUAAGAUCCUCGAGGCUUUAAGGACCAAGAAUGUAGAUGCUCAUGUACAAAAGAUGAUUUUCAGCUCUACACUGCAGCAAAGUGUGCUCAGCCUAGUCUCUACAUUCAUGCCAAACGCAAUUCAUGUCACCAUUGGGUCCGAAAAUUGCGCGUGCACAAACGUUAGCCAGGAGUUAGUCUGUGUGACAAAUGACAAGGGCAAGUUAAUGACGCUCCGACAGCUUAUUCUGGAGGGAAAAUUGAUACCACCCGUGCUAGUCUUUUUGCAAACAAUCGAAAGGGUAAACGAGCUCUACAACGAACUUAAAGGUGAAAAUGUUCGCGUGCAAAAAUUUACUUCGGAGCUCACAGUUUCCAAAAGGGCGCAAAUUAUAGAAAAGUUUAGAACUGGAGAGAUUUGGAUCCUGCUAUGCACAGAUAUUUUAGCCCGUGGAGUUGACUUUAAGGGGAUAGACUCCGUAGUCAAUUUCGACCUGCCACUAACUCCGCAAGUCUACAUCAACAGGGUUGGAAGAGCGGGCAGAGGCCUCAAAAAAGGCAGGAGCAUAACAUUCUUCACACUCAGAGAUUUGAAAAUCAUGAAACAUAUAGUACAAAUUAUGAAAAUUUCUGGCGCACAGGUGCCAGAUUAUUUACAAGACAUACAAGAAAACGGUAAAGUAACAGAAAAGAGGCCUCCGAAUAGAGGAAAUAUUUCAAAGAGGUAA